ACACUCAGAUCCUGCUCGAGAGCAGAAGCCUGCCGACGGUUCCAGUGAAGCGUUGCCAAUAUUUUUUACUUUACAAUAUUAUUUAAACACAAGAUAUUUUACGCUACGGUUUAUUUGUCUGAGGUUAUGGAAAGGAUUCCGUUCUGAGGGAGUGCCGAGCUUUACGACUUUGACGACGGAAGAAAUAAUGAUGAAGAGCCUGGCAGACAACGCAGACCUCAAACCGCAUCUCCGUGAUGCCGAGAGUAUCCUCAGCGCCCCGGAGCUGGGGUUGCUCAAACUGGCCUCCCCGGAGCUGGAGAGGCUUAUCAUCCAGUCCAACGGAAUGGUCACCACGACACCCACCAGCCCCCAGUUCCUCUACCCAAAGACGGUAACGGACGAGCAGGAGUUCGCCGAGGGCUUCGUGAAGGCGCUGGAGGAUCUACACAAGCAGAACCAGCUGAACGGAACCGGGCAGACGAACAACAACUUGGAGAUUAGCGCCAACAUCGCCCCGGUCACCGUCCAUCCGGAUUUACCGGUAUAUACGAACUUGAACAGUUAUGGCAGCGGGCCACUGGAAACCACUGUCAACUACUCCACAGACACGGUCCCUUUCCCGCCUCCUCCAUCGCAUAAUUUAGGGGCAGCCCCGCAGCAGCCGGAGCUCUCCCGGGUCCAGCCGCUGAAGGAGGAGCCUCAGACCGUCCCCGACGUUCAGAGCUUCGGGGAGAGCCCGCCGCUUUCUCCCAUCGACAUGGACUCACAGGACCGCAUGAAAGCCGAGAGGAAGAGGCUCAGGAACCGGAUUGCAGCGUCCAAGUGUCGGAUGCGCAAACUGGAGCGGAUCUCCAGGCUGGAGGACAAGGUCAAAACGCUGAAAAGCCAAAACAACGAACUGGCAUCAACGGCCGGCCUGCUGAGGGAGCAAGUGGCUCAGCUGAAACAGAAAGUAAUCACCCAUGUCAACAGCGGCUGCCAGCUGCUGACACGCGAGGUUCAAGUGCACUAGGCGGGGGUAGGAAGGGUGUGUGGGGUCAGCAGCCCCUAAGCUUCAUGGACUUUGUUAGGCUAUAGCGUAGCCCAGAUGUGUGCCGUUCCAAGUGGAAUGAAUACCAGGCUAAAUUAGACAUUGAGCACCGACAAAAGGUGAACAUACCUGGUAAAACACGAUUUAAUAUUGCUUUUUAAGUAAAGCAAUUUCCAGAACCCUAAUUGCUCCACAGUAGUCUGGCGAGCACGCAUCACUAUUAAUCAUUGGAUUUUAAAAUCAAUGAUCGCCAGUUGAUUAAUUGGAUUUAUGCCGAAAUGAAGAGCAUUUGCCUGUAAUAUGUUCGAUGUAUGAAAUCAUGUUCUACCUCGUAAAUAUGUUUACUGGCGAACAAGGCAGCAUUAAACUGCGUUUUUUUAAAUGGAAUUUGGCCACUGGCUAACCUGAUGAGAGAACGAGGCACUUAUUGAGGCUUUAUGCUCAACUUUAAUGACAGACUGCACAUAUAUCGAUUUUUCCCCUUGUAAACAUGUUUACAGACUGUCUAUACAUGGACCAAACGGAUUUACAGCAUUUCUACAGAAAUAUGCACAUUUGUGACUCUCAAUAGGCCUACAGUCUAUGAGGAAUUAGCUGUAAGAAAACUGCAUAUGCCUACGCCCACAUUUGUAAGAGAUAAUCUACAUAAUAUGGACUAUUUACAGUAUUUCUGUAGGGAACAAUUUGCAUGUUGUUCACGUACUCGAAUGUUGCCCUGCACUGUGUCAAAGGGCGUAAUUUCUCAGCAAUUAUUAUCUUUAACAUUUGCAAACACAAUGUAUUUAUCUAUUUUUUAAUCCACUGUUUCCCUUUUUCAACGUGUUCUUGUUUUAAUGUGAAAAGUAAACGUUUUUGUUGCACUGACUGUUCUUGCCACAGUUAUUUGGCUGUAUGCCGCUGUGUUCUGAAUUAAAUGCUGCUCGGCAAUAAACACUGUUUCCUCCA